GCUGCUGUAGCAGUCUGGCUGACACUUUGUGCAGGGAGUAAGGUUUUGCUUUUGGAGAAGGAACACAUGAAUCCACUCCCCACCCCCAGAAAUCCUAGAACUGACAAUGUAACUAAGACUUUGAAGAUUCAAAAUUAUACUUUUUUGUUUGGUUUACAAUAAAAAUUAACUUUUCCUUUUUUGAAAGUCUAAAGACGUUUAAAUUAAACAUCUAUUAAGAAGUGAUAAGGAAAAAUCAGUUUUCUCCUCUUAAAGUGGUUUCACUGUUUUGGUUUUCAUCUAUCUGAAGACACUUGAGAGAUUUGUGUGGUUUUGUGUUAUUUUUAUUUCUGCAAAAGAAGUCAGAUGCCUGGAGAGAAUAGCUAAAUAGAAGAUGCUGCUGAAGGUGUCCAGAGUCUGGAUUUAUCUGCUUCUUCAGUUUCUCAUAGCUGUCUCUUUGUGUCAUUUGAAAAAUGUGCCUGCUGGUUCCCAACACAGCUUCAAAAACGGUCUCUUCAACUUUUAUCAUUCCCUGAUUCUUGCAGAUGGCAAAGAAACAACAAUCCACUUGUUGAAGGACAUACCUAAAAGGUACUAUUUCAUUCUGAGGGAAGACAGAGCCCCUAUUCCUUUCACAGUGACUGUGACUCCCUGUGAUGUUCCCAUUGAAUGGAGCAUACUGGUACACAAAACUUCAACAAAUUUCCUUGGGAAACCAGCACAUGGUAAUUAUGACACUCAAGACAUCUCAAAAUUUCAAAAGAUCCCAAACUCAGUGUCCACUAUUUUUAAUUAUAAAGGAAAUUCUGUGGAAACUUAUGUGGGUGUGCCUUCUUUUUCUGCCAUCUACCUGAUAGAGUUCCUAUCAACUGAGAGAGACACACACAUUACAGUGUACUUAACAUCUGACAUAACAUCUGGGCAUCUUUACCCAGAACUCCCAAUGGAUCCACGUAUAGAUGUGGUUGGUGUUGGACAUACAAUUGUGACUCUAGCUUGGAAACAUAGCCCAUCAGUACUGCAGCAUAAAGAAAACAUCCAGUACUGUCUUCUAGUUAAUGAAAAGCACAACUACAAGAGCUUAUGUGCGGCAGAGACAGCUAUCAGAUCAUCUGGGAUAAAAUUGCCACCAACAUUAGCUCUGUCUCUCUCUCCAGAUCUUCUAGAUCCUCAACAGGUAAUGAUACUGUCCAAGCAAGAAUUAAGUGUCAUCAACAAGCUCAAUAAUGGGGAAGUCAGGCAGAUAUGCAUGGGCACCAUGAACCACCAUACAGUGACCAACCUUAGUCCCAGCACACAGUAUUACUUCGAUAUUUUUGUGGUCAACCUCCUCACCAAUGCCAGUGCUGCCUACAUUGGAACAUUUGCAAGAACACUUGAGGAACCUGAUCCUAAAGUUACUGAGCUGAAGGAUGGGAAGAUAAUUCACCUCACCCUGGACAAGAAAAACUGGAAGUUCUACAAUUUGCAAUAUCAAGCUAGACACAAGAGAGUCCAAUUUACCUUUCAGUCUUGUAGUGGCCAAAUAUCGGUUCAGAUAACAAGGAACCAUAAAAUAGUGGCAUCAGAAAACUUUGCAGGCCUGAAACUUUUUUCACUGAAAGGAAAACUAAUGGACACAUAUUUGGUACAAGUGAGGUCAGUGGAACAGUCUAAUACCUCUGUGAAAGUUCAAGUAUCCUCUCACUUCUAUAAGCCCUUAUUCUCAGGUCUUCCAGAUAGUUUAAAAAUUAAGUCCUUUAGUAAGCUGAGAACCUGCAAUUCUGUUACCAUUGCCUGGCUGGGAACACAAGAGCAGAGCAAGUACUGUGUGUACAAGAAAAGGAUUGAAAAGGAUCAAGUCUGGACAGAGGUGAGGAGUACAGACAGGUGCUCAGGACCAGAAUCCAGGAACAAAUAUGAGAAAGUGCUGUGCAAAUAUUUCUAUGACAGAAAUCUACAAAGAGCAGUUACCACAGAGACCAUCAAAGGGCUGGAUGCAGGGACUCUUUACUUGUUUGAUGUUUACCUAUUUGGACCUUCUGGGAUUCCAGUUAAGUAUCACAGUAGAGUGGUGAAAACCAGGAAAAAAUGUUGAGGGUCCUUCAAGAAAUGUGUGGUAGAUGAAUGCAGAGGAGAACAGCACAACCAUUUCCAAUGGUCUAUGCAGUUCAAAAUAUGAUAGAGCACAGAAAACAAUUCUUAAAGCUGGAAGAUUUGUCAGGAAAUAAUUGUUUCAGCUGUCUAGAGAAUAAGGCUUGCACUUGCAUCUUAUUUCCUAUAUAAGCUUCUCAUCAAAAACAGUACUCUCAACUAAAUACAAUCAAAACAUGCAUACAAGGAGCUCACCUUGGAAACUGCAAGAAAUCAACUGGAAAGACAUGAACUAAAAUAGAUCUGAAAUCAAAUAAUACAUGUUAUUAAAUGUCUUUCAAAGAACAGUCACCCGUUACAUUAGAAUACCACACUGUUUCCACUUUGUGUACCACAUUGCUGUUCAUGAGGUACUGAGAAAUCCAGCCAGACAUACUGUUUUUGACAGAUUGACUUGUCCCUCCUAGCUGAGAUGUAUGCUCAUGAGAUUGAAUUGACAUCUGAGUGGUAUUGCUUCAGAACAUUAUUAGACACAAAGAUACCAGGUUGCUAUCAGCCCCAUGUUCUAGUCUAGUGUGACAGACAGGAGACUCCCCAAAAUAGCAGUUGUCCAUUAUCUGCAUGCUUGCUUUGCAUAGAAGUUGAUUAGUUUUAAAGAUAAAUUUGAUUCACAAAGUUUGGGCCUGGCAGUGGAUCUGUAUCAGAGUCUCCUUGUUUCAAAACAGUUUUCUGUUUAUGUCCAUAUGGAGAAGGAUUUCAGCAUGGAAUUUUGCAGAAAGGGAAAGAUUUUGAUCUGCAGUACUAGGGUGAAUGCCCAUUUCCAUUCUCGUUUGUCUUUAUUUAUACUGUACGUUUCUUGUAUACACACUGGUGGCAUGGAAACAUUUCAGCUGCAGAUGCUAACACUGCAUAUAUCUGCCAUGUAUUUGUCUAUUGACAUUUAAGAUAUUUUUUAUUUUGGCAAAUAGCAAACUGACAUAAUGCUGCUCUAAAUGAAUCUUCUUUAGUGCUUCAAUACAUACAGUAUUUCCUGCAGUAAGAUAGGAAAAGCUGAAAAUAUUAUCACUAAUCCCUUUCCAUCUCUAAAGAGGAAUUUCCUGACCCCUUCAAAUGACCAGACCCAUACAAUUUGUUGCCUGGAUUAUUUUAAUCUUAUCAAAGAACAUAUCUGAAUGGGAUCCGCCAAACCCUUCAAACCACUGCAAAGCUUUUCUCAGAGAAUAUACUGGGUCUUUACAUGUGUUUUUUCUUUAUGGUAGUAUGUGUUAGACCCUGAUUCCAUGUGGUGCCCAACGACUAGGGAGAUGACAAUCCAAUUGCUCAUGGAUCCUGCUACUCAUUAGCCAGAGCAAGCAGGGAGCAAACACCAGCACACAUAGCUUGCAACAGCUUUAUUCAGAAUGGAGACAGCUUUGGGAGAGCUCCCUCACAGACACACAGCCUGUGAAAAUGGGGAGCAGCCUUGAACAUUAGUUCUUUUGACAUUUUAUACACCGUGGUUCAUGCUUAUUAACAUUUACUCUGCCUUGGUCCCUCCUUUGGUUCCACCCAUAUCUCCUCCUCUCUCAAGCUCUGCCUCUGUUUACUGUUUACUUCAUUAACAUGCAAUUGCCUAUGCAUUUAAUUCAUUUACAUGCCUCUCUGCUAAGAGCGCAUGCUCAAGACUUUGACCCCGGCUUCCUCUGGUCACUUGCUGAUUCUUUCUGGUGUCUUGUUAACUCCUUCUUUAUCUCCAAGGUCUUGCUUCUGCUUUAUCUCCUGACAAUAGCUGGUGGGCUGCAUCUUGUUCUUCUUACAUCAUAUAUCCUACACACUAGCCCAUUGUUAGGAAGCUGCUUGCCUAAGCAUUUGCAAAGUUACUUUUAAUAUAUCAUCCUGCCUUGUGACCAGCAGCUCUGCUGAGACACAUAAAAGCCUUAUUCAGCUGGAAAUCCAGUGCUCCCCAAGAUGCAAAUAUUGUCACCCUAACAGUAUGGAUAAAAAAUCUAAAGGAAAGCCUGAUAAACAGAUGUGUUUGUCUCAGUUUCUGUGCUUAUCCAGUUUAAAUGCUAGAAAAAGUAAACCAUAAGAGAUUUUUGAAGGGAAAAUAUCAUUCAGAAAAAAAAAUAUUCAUUUGCAAAUAUGCUCAGUCUCACCUACCACCAGAACGGAUUUCAAACUCGAACUCUUGGAAUAUCUACAUUUUAAAUACAGAGAAGCUUACUUAACACACUUAAAGACCUGGAUAUUACUACAGAAAAAUGAUCUCUGUUUGCUUUUUCUCUGAAAUUAAGCAAAGCAAAGGUAUUAAAAUCCAUAGCAUAUUAAUGUAUCAAAAAUUUCACAUAAUAGAAUUUCCUUUAUAUUAAAGGAGCAUCAAGAUUUCUACUUACUGUUAAUUAUUACUUAUAUUAUAAUAAUGCUCUAAGAAGUCAGUGAUGCUCCACUGUAUUGGAUGAUACGCAAAUGUAUUGCAUAAGACAGUUCCUUCCCUGAAGAGUUUACAACUAGAUAAUUGUUGGCACUGGAUUUAUGACCCAGUCUUGAUACCUUGUUCCAGGAGGGCCCAAAUCCUCAGACCAACCCUGACUUCUUCCAUUUGACAGUAGGCAAAUGUUAUUGCUACACAGUAAUAGGAGAUAAGAGUAAUGCAGACAAGUUAACAAAAUAACACUCCCCCUUCCCAAUUAUCUACCCAUUCCAGGGUUCCACAGAGGGAUGGUAUGCCUAGCCAGUACAUGAGCACCACCCUGUGGUUCUUUGCCUGAAUGUCAGAUAUCAACAGUCUUGGAGGUUGAGGGCCAAUGUCCACCUUUCCCUCUCCCACACAGUGGGGUGAACAAGACAGGCCAGUAGUGUACUGUGUGCCCAGGGUGGCCUCAGGAUCCCCCUGAUGCUCUGAAAAUCCCUCCUUUUGUAUUCUUCUCCUGAUGACCCUUCAUUUCCAGGCAUCAUUGAUUGGUUUCCCUGUGGUCACCAUACUGUCCAUGUUCUGUUCUGUCAGCAUAAUUCUUUGUUCCCACAAACACAUCACAUGCAUACAUUUUAAUUUGUUCAUUUAUCAGCAUCUUAAUUUGGGCAUCCCUGGCCUCCUAAUGUGGUGAGUCCACCAAAACCAGAAAUCCAAGGGGUUUUGCAGUUGGUCACUGUGAUGUAAUGCCAAUGCUACAGGGUCCCUUAUCUCUUGUUAUGGGUUUUCAGGGAAAAAUGCAUGUUUUCAAUUUCCCAAGAUGUAUGUGCCUGCUUGUCUGCUAGCUUCAGACAGAGUGUCUACUGAAAGACUGAGAAUGUGAAAUUUUGUCACAGGCAGACUUUUAUAAACCAAUUACCUUUUGC